GAUGAAAACAUGUGUUCGAGCUGAGGGAAGAUGGCCGACAAAAAUCAGGCUCAGGGACCCCAAGGGCAGCCUUUGGUGAAAAUAGGGCAUUAUAUACUUGGAGAAACGCUCGGCGUUGGAACGUUCGGCAAAGUUAAAACUGCACGCCAUCAGUUGACAGGUCACAAGGUUGCCGUCAAGAUCUUGAACAGACAGAAAAUAAAAAACCUCGAUGUCGUCGGGAAAAUUAGACGGGAAAUACAAAACCUCAAACUUUUUCGACAUCCUCACAUCAUCAAGCUGUAUCAAGUGAUCAGCACUCCAACUGACAUCUUCAUGAUCAUGGAAUAUGUCUGCGGAGGGGAAUUGUUUGAUUACAUUGUUAAACAUGGAAAGUUGAAGGAGUCCGACGCACGCAGAUUCUUUCAGCAGAUCAUUUCUGGCGUCGACUAUUGCCACCGACACAUGGUUGUCCACCGAGAUCUGAAACCGGAAAAUCUGCUGUUGGAUCAAAACCUCAACGUAAAGAUAGCUGAUUUUGGUCUCUCCAACAUGAUGAUGGACGGUGAAUUCUUGCGGACCAGUUGCGGCUCUCCAAACUAUGCAGCGCCCGAAGUGAUAUCUGGAAAGCUAUAUGCUGGCCCAGAAGUCGACAUAUGGAGUUGCGGCGUCAUUUUAUACGCUCUUCUCUGCGGCACACUCCCAUUUGACGACGAACACGUUCCCACGCUGUUCAGAAAAAUUAAAUCGGGCAUCUUCCCCAUUCCGGACUACCUCAACAGGUCCGUCGUCAGCUUGCUCAUUCACACGCUCCAGGUUGACCCCAUGAAGCGGGCCACGAUGGAAGACAUCAAAAAUCACGAGUGGUUCAAGAAGGACCUUCCAGCGUACCUGUUCCCUUUGCCAAACGACAACGAUGCUUCCAUCAUCGACAUGGAUGCCGUGAAAAUCGUCUGCGAGAAAUUUGGAGUGUCGGACAAAGAGGUGCACAGUGCCCUGCUGAGCGGCAACCCCCACGACCAGUUAGCCAUCGCGUAUCACCUGGUCGUGGACAACAAGCGCAUCGAAGACGACAUGGCCAAGUUGGACAUCAAGGACUUCUACGUGGCAUCGAGUCCCCCUCCGGCCGCGGCCCUGCUGGACGUGAGUCGUUUGUUCGGACGCCCUUCGAGCCCGUCAAGGCCCCAUCCGGAACGUCUGGCACCAAACAUUCGGCAGCGGAUGUUGAGCGGAGGAAACGGAGCCGAAGGCGGAGCAAAGGGCACUCCAAUGAAGCGUGCCAAAUGGCACCUCGGCAUUCGUUCCCAGAGUAAGCCCCAAGACAUCAUGAACGAAGUGUACCGUGCGAUGAAGGCACUAGACUUUGAAUGGAAGGUUGUGAACUCCUACCAUGUCCGGGUGCGAAGAAGAAAUCCAAUGAACGGAAAACAUGUCAAGAUGAGCCUGCAGCUAUACAUUGUUGAGUACAAGAGCUUCCUCCUCGACUUCAAGUCCCUGCCGAUGAACGAAGAAGCUCCGCCCGCGGAUCCCAGUAAGUUGGCUGCGGUCGGAUUAUCCAGAACGUGCCACAUCACAAAACAUUCCUUGCCAAUUUCAGCCGUGGCCGAGACGAGCUACAAUCAGGUCCACAACACCAUGGAAUUCUUCGAGAUGUGUGCGGCGCUCAUCACGCAACUGGCCCGUUGAGCGAGGCGUAACGGCACGUUAUUUUGAUAUCCGCAGUAACUUUUUUUUUUUUUUUUGUCCACUCUUCUGGGGGUUUUCAGGAGACGGAACUGUUACGUUUUUCUGUUACGUUAAGCAUGCGUCUACUUAUGCAUAAUUCCGUGAAAGUGCCAUUGUCUGUGACAGGCCCUCUUUUUAUACUCUCAACAUCUUUGUACCGAAAACCUUGGUUUCCGUCAUCUUUUACGGAAGCCACGGAUAGUAUACCUGCGGACCGCGGAGGUGAAAGUCACGGACGCCGUUGUUCUGCUCGAAUUCCCAGAGACACCAGCUCGGAAUCGGCUCGUCCGAUGCAGCGGGAGAUACGGUUGAGCCAUCUUGUUGUUUUAGAAUUGCUUAGGAGGGUCUCAAAUCCCCGUCGCGUUUGCUUCGACAUACAUGUCCAUUGUUGAUUGUUGUUACAGAGUAGGAUUUAUUUAAAUAAUAUACGAGCGACUAGUCUGUACCUGUCCCAAUAUCGUUUGCCUCAUUCAUCGGACAACAUUGAACUGCCACGUGGGUAAAAUUGAGCGCUAUAUAACGAACGUGAACAAAUGCUUCCGAUUGAUGCCACUGUUAGUUUGUCUUGGUAGCUUUCAGUGCUAAGUUUUUCUAAAGGCUCGUCAUUGUGGGCAAAAUGUUUUCAGUAGAGGGUGUUACGUGGCAAGGCUUAAGUCUUGUAUGUUCACCCUAAGGAUAGCGGGCCAAGUGCUGAUGAAUGAAUGAGUUUACCACCAAAGUACAAAAGCCUGCGAACAACCAUGGUUAGUGGCAUGGCCACAGAAUGUUCACUGGUCACUCCUCUCAGCAUAUUUCGGAGGCUGCAGUAAGGAAAGGUUAAGGGAGAAACCUCGGGACAGAUUAUCUCGUCUCUCUUCUACAUGUCGGCAUGUCACGUCCUGUAGUCUGCUCUGUCACCAUAAUACAUAAAUGUGCUUUUGGACAUCUUUGAACUUAUCAUAUUUGCCAAAAAUCAAUUGCAAGAAUCAGACUCACAGUAACAAGGCAUGUGAACAUGGUCUUAUUCGAAGGAUGCACUUGGUUCUGCAUGUCCUAGUGUGAACAUGAGGACACAGACUGUCGUGAUAGAGGACUUGUUCCGGUGACUAGAAACCAUGACCUGCUAGAUUCGACCGACCAUGUUAUAACCGGCAGCCCCUAUGUAUGAUCUGCUAGGGGCGCUACACAUCGGCCCACGAGAUCUCCAUAGACAUACAACCGUAGCAGACGACAGCAACAGCUCCCAUGAAAACACAUAGAAGGAUGAUGAUGAUGAAUUUACAACUUUAGCAGGAAUGCAUCUCCCGCGGGACAUGCACCGCUGGUACAAAAAUUCUGAAGUAAGCUGAAGUACAAGGUAUUACAGAAAUUGAGGAAGCAAUAAAAUGGCCGAUGAGCAGCGCCACCACUACCUUUGAAAUGUGGCGCUGGGGAGGGGCGCAUAUGACAUGGUCGCUAUAAUCUAGUAGGUUGAGCACAGAAAGGGGAUAAAGCCACUGUACGGUAUUCUGAAUUUUAUGUGCAACAAUUCUCUGCAAGACAAACUCCCCAAGACUUGUCUUUCAAAUGAACUAUACGCCAGCUUUGUAGCAUACAUGAUACUAUCCAUGUGAAAUACUUACAUAUGCUGUAUUUUUGUCCUCAAUGAAUGUGUUUCUUUCUAUGCUUGUACUGCAGGACAAUAGAGUCACACUACGAGAAAAGAAAAAGAAAUGUAUAUACUAUAUAUAUAUAUAUAUAGAAAUGAAACUAUGCCAGAGAAAAAAGGAAAAACAUCUUUGUCUAUACUUUCUGCAUAUUCUAUCUGCACAAUAGAGUGUUAACAUAAACCUGAUGGCACAGUUUUGAAUUGACUCCAAUCCAGUGCUUAGUGUUUCCUGCCAGGGGUGCCAUGUAACAGAUGCACAUUCGAGGUUGGGUCUAACUGUUGUUGUGUAUGCAAGCUAUUUAACAAGCGGAGUGUGCACAAGGAAGUAGCAAGAGCAUAUCCCGCAUUCACAGAAUGUGACUUUACGUACAGCCUGUGCCGUGUGAAAACGCUUCUAGUACGUAAGGCGAUUUUCGUGCGCUACUACAGCUAAAGCUCUGUAAUAUCAUGUUCACAUAGCACGAACAUUUUGGAUGGCUUUCGUGUUAAGUGUCAAACAUUCUGAAGCAGAAUGCAUAUCUGCCACCAGGCGGAGAACUGUAUGAGGAAACGAAUGUGCGAAAAACAAAUGGGGCUUCUGCAUAAUACUUAACGUGGGCUUCAAGAUAGGGUAGGAAGAUAUCCGAAAGAUUAUACUUUUUGUGUCUGUGUAAGGGUAUUAGGUAUUGCAAGAUCAAGCUCUUCAACGUGCCUUACUCUUGUUUCUAUUCGGUUCAGCUUUAUUUACAUUAUGUGCAACAAUAUCAAGAUUAUUCACAUACCAGGUGUCAUCAAGCUGGCAGACGUUUCAAUACGGACAGAUUAGGUAAUCAGUUGGCAGUAAUGUUGCAAAAUAGUGGUGUGUGCAUAGCCUCUCCCAAACCAGCACUGUGUGGACAUGUCCCGCGUAACUAAGGAAUAUGCGGCUAGGGACUGUGCAUUGAAUUUAUGUAAAUUAGAUGACUUGCUGCAAAAAAGUUUUAGCAUCUCGAGAAA